AUGAGCGAGAUCUGGAGGAGGAGGAUCAGCUCAGCAUGCUGCACAUGGGGGCAGGGCGAAACAUCAGCGUCUCCUCCUUCAGCAACCCGCACAACGACAUCCAGGGUGCGGUAGGACGCUUUCGUCCUCCUGGUCAGAGAAUGGGCGUCGGGCUGGUGCUGCGGCGGGAUGGGAAGGGGGCAGGGCGGCAAGCGAACCCGGACCUGCAUGUGUCUGGAGGAGGCUGGAAGACUGACGCGGCAAGGAUGCGGAACUGAAAGCAGGGGGUUGUGAAUAGCAGAGCAGGAGCACGAGGUGUAAAUUAAUUAACGUAAUUAGAGGCC